UCUGUCCAGUGAAAAAGUCGACUUCCAGAACGAAUUACUAAAUUCAUGGUCACACAGAUACUCGUUGCCUUGAGGAAUCUCCACUUUAAGAAUAUCGUGCACUGUGAUUUAAAGCCCGAAAACGUGCUGCUUGCAUCAGCAGAGCCAUUUCCUCAGGUGAAGUUGUGUGACUUUGGGUUUGCACGCAUCAUUGGUGAGAAGUCCUUCCGGCGGUCAGUGGUGGGGACGCCAGCCUACUUAGCCCCCGAGGUUCUCAGGAGCAAAGGCUACAACCGUUCUCUAGACAUGUGGUCAGUGGUCAUCGUCUACGUGAGCCUCAGCGGCACAUUUCCGUUCAAUGAAGAUGAAGAUAUAAAUGACCAAAUCCAAAAUGCUGCGUUUAUGUACCCACCAAAUCCAUGGCGAGAAAUUUCCAGUGAAGCAAUUGAUUUGAUAAACAACUUGCUUCAAGUGAAGAUGAGAAAACGCUUCAGUGUUGACAAAUCUCUUAGUCAUCCUUGGCUACAGGUAAAGGAAAAAAGGUUCUGCAUCUUAGCCUCCUGUGCGUUUGUCUUCACUAAUGAAACCACUCAAAAGAGCAGCAGAGGUCUGACCCCUCUGUACAAAGGCACUGCUUAUGAGAGCCCAAUGGUCAUCCUCCUUUUGAGAGUAAAUUCUGUCACUGACAGCAAAUAUUAUUAG